UGGCGCCGUUCGAAUGAUCAGCGUGCAGCGCCUUUUGUUUCUACCCUUCUUCUCCUCUUCUUUCCGCUGGUAUACCGCAAUCAACGCACCUCGACGACGAUGACGACCCCGCAUUCCCGCACGACCCGCGAGGACAACAUAGCUCCUACGACGUCGACAAUAUACAACCGCUCAUCACGACACCAAAGAAGGCUAAAGAGCGCAUCAAGUGGGCAACCACAACGAUUCAUGAGCCGCCGAAUCACGACCACGAGCUUUGUCUUUAUCCUAUUCACUGCCUCUAGCAUCAUUUACACCGGCGUCAUCGCGUCUUGUUACUACCCCUUUCUUCGACCGCCGUGUCCUUGUCAAUGCUCAUAGCACGGCGUUUAUUGCGUUUAUUGCGUUUCUUCCUGUUUUCGACUCUUCUUUCCGCUUUUUUAGCAGCCUGCAUAUACGAGACGGCCAUGUUUUAAUGACGACUGCAGGGC